AUGGCCUGGCAAGGAAGGGCAUCCCAUAUGCGGACGUCGCUGCGGCGGGCAGCGAUUUCCCGGCCGAGUGAUAUUUGGUUCGCGCGGGGACAGAGUGUUAUCUCUCAGCCUCGUUCGUUCUCUAGAAUAACGUUAGCCGCGGGAAGAUCGAAUGUGCUGUCGGACUUCACGAUGACCAAAACGCCCGUAAUUCCCAGUGCUUCACAGCGUGCUCUGUCAACAGCCGCCAUCCGUUGCUUGACCCCGGACAACAUCAACUCCAACGUCAAGGCCGCCAAGUAUGCCGUUCGUGGUGAACUCGCCGUCAAAGCGGAGGAAUACCGGGUGAAUCUGGGACAGGGAGACAAAUCACUGCCGUUCGACAGUGUCAUUUUCGCCAACAUUGGCAACCCGCAGCAGCUCGACCAAAAGCCCAUCACUUUCUUCCGUCAAGUCCUCAGUCUUCUCGAAAACCCGUUGCUACUGAAGAACAAGGACGCCCUUCGUACGUCCUUCGGCUACCAGGAUGAUGUUAUUGAGCGGGCCGAGAAGCUUCUUGCCGAAGUCCAGAGCGUGGGCGCAUACAGUCACAGCCAGGGUGCCCCGCUUAUCCGUGAGAGUGUGGCCAAAUUCAUCGAAGAGCGCGAUGGAUUCCCUGCCGACCCUCAAUCACUCUUCCUCACCGGUGGUGCCUCGUCUGGAGUCAAUACCCUCCUGAACGUUAUUUGCAACGGCCCGGAUGCUGGCGUUCUUGUCCCGAUUCCCCAAUACCCUCUGUACACCGCCACCCUAUCUCUCUUGAAUGCGCGGUGUGUACCUUACCACUUGGAAGAGCAGAAGGCUUGGGGUACCGACAUUGGUACCAUCAAGAAAUCUUUAGAGCAGGCCAAGGCUGCUGGCACAGAUGUCCGCGCUAUCGUAGUCAUCAAUCCCGGUAACCCAACAGGCGCUUCUUUGAGUCCCGACGACAUCAAGAGUGUCCUUGACAUUGCUGCGGAGGAAAAGCUUGUGGUUAUUGCCGAUGAGGUAUACCAAACAAACGUGUUCAUUGGAGAAUUCACAUCAUUCAAGAAGAGACUCAGGGAGCUGCAGCAGGAGGUGUCCGGCAAGUACGACAAUGUCGAGCUGGUUUCCCUCCACAGUGUAUCUAAGGGCAUGGUGGGCGAAUGUGGUCAUCGUGGUGGUUUCUUCGAGCUGGUCGGAUUUGAUCCUUUGGUUACUGCCCAGAUCUACAAGUUCAUCAGUAUCAUGCUCUGCCCUCCUGUCAUUGGGCAGUGUCUGGUUGAACUUAUGGUGAACCCUCCUAAGGAGGGUGAGCCCAGCCAUGCGCUGUAUCAGAAGGAGUACAACGGCAUCCGCGACGGACUGCGCCAGCGUGCCUUUGCCCUGUACGAGGCCUUCCAGCGGAUGGAGGGUGUUGAAUGCCAAGAACCCCAGGGUGCUAUGUACUUGUUCCCCACUAUCACAUUACCUCCCAAGGCCAUCGAAGCUGCUGCCGCGGAGAACCGCGCUGCAGACGAAUUCUACUGCCUUCGUCUCCUCGACGCCACCGGUGUUUGCGUCGUCCCAGGCUCUGGCUUCGGUCAGAAGGAGAACACGCUCCACUUCCGUACCACCUUCCUUGCACCAGGCACGGACUGGGUGGAGCGUAUCGUGAAAUUCCAUUCCGAAUUCAUGGCCACAUACAAAUAG